AUGAUCUUUCGGUCUGUUUUCAGCCGAAGGUUCAUACACAAUGUUGUUGGCAACAUGACAGCCCGAAAUGCGCCCGCGGACCCUUUGGUGGUCAUUCUGGGCUCGACUGGAACUGGAAAAUCAGAGCUUGCCAUAGAGCUUGCGACACGCUUCAAAGGCGAAAUUAUCAACGCAGAUGCUAUGCAGAUGUACAAAGGCCUGCCCAUUAUCACAAAUAAAAUCACCACGGAAGAGCGCCGCGGCAUACCCCACCACCUGCUCGACCAUAUAGGCCUCGAUCAGCCCACUUGGAUCAUUGAAGACUUCAAACGCGAAGCGAACAAGGUCAUCCGCGAAAUUCGAAGCAGGGGCAACUUGCCCAUCGUUGUGGGCGGCACGCACUACUAUACCAAUGCGCUGCUCUUUGAAAAUACCCUCGUGGGGGCGGAGGACGAAAAGGCAAGAGAUGGAGAGUUCAAGGACGAUCAGGAUGACGCCGCCUCGUUUCCAAUUCUCAACGAACCGACAGAGGUCAUACUGGCGAAGUUGAGGGAGGUCGACCCCGUCAUGGCGGACCGCUGGCAUCCCAAUGACAGGCGCAAGAUCUCGCGCUCGCUGCAGAUCUACCUGCAACACGGCCGUCCGGCUUCAGAGAUUUACGCCGAGCAGCGUCAGCGCAAAAUCGCCGACAGCAAAGCUUCCGAUUCCGGCAGCGCGAGCCCCUGGGAGACGCUACUCUUCUGGGUAUAUUCGGAUCCCGAGGUCCUGAAGGAACGUCUCGACAAGCGGGUGGACAAAAUGCUCACGGCUGGUCUCAGCGCCGAGACGCAGUCCAUGUAUGAGUACGUCCAAGCCAAGCAGGCUGCUGGCGAAGAGGUGGACUACACUCGUGGAAUCUGGCAGUCAAUCGGAUUCAAGGAGUUCGAGCCCUACCUCAGGGCUCUUAACAGCCCAGACCAGGCAGCCGACCCCACCAUUCUCGAAUCUCUCGAGGCUACAGGGCUCGAGGACAUGAAGACCUCGACACGGCAGUACGCAAAGUACCAGACGCGCUGGAUCCGUACCAAGAUCGUCCCGCUCCUUCAAGAGCAGCCGAGCGCCAUGGACCACCUCUUCGUCAUGGACAGCACCGACAUCUCCCAAUGGUCGUCUAACGUCAUAGAUACAGCCGUCGACAUUGCAGGACGCUUUCUCAAAGGUGAAAACUUGCCCAACCCGGAGGGAACCUCGGAGAGGGCCGGUAACGUGCUCCGGGAGGCCAAGGGGCAGACGGAGCGGACGCUGUGCCGGCGGACGUGCGAAAUCUGUAAGACGACGUGUGUGACGGAGCAGGACUGGACGAAACAUGUCAAGAGUAGGCGUCAUAACGUGCUGCUCAAGAAGACGAAGAGGAGGGCACUGGUAGCCGCUGAAAGGCCCAUGGCUGUCGUGCCAACACAGGCUGAUGGUGACGUUGCCGAAGUAGCACCAGCAGCAGAUAGAGCAUCGAGUCCUGAAGUGGAUGGACUCGGCAUAUUCGAUGCGCCGCCAUAA